UUUAAUUUCGAAGAGGAGACGCCGACGACCAACUUCGAUACCUUCCCGGCGGCCAUUCUCACCGUCUUCCAGGUACACCCUGUCUCUACUUCUCUCCUUUUAAUUAACCAACUCGUUUGGGCUUUUACUUUGGAGCUCUUUCCUUUGGAAUGUUGGACUAGUUGAGAGAAUUGUGUAUUGAACAAAGGUAAUUUGCAAUUAUUGGAAUGUAGUGGUCUGUGUACUCUGUCUCUUUGUCUCCAAAUGACUCAUCUUUCUAUUAGCCUGUGUUAUACUUUUGAAAGUCAUAACGGCUGAACUUUUGACCCUGCAGUAUAACUCAAUGUCUUGUAAAUUUAUUAUGAAUUAUGAAUGAUUUCAUCUCUCCAUGAUCAACGUCAGAUUCUGACUGGCGAGGAUUGGAAUGCAGUGAUGUAUCAUGGCAUUGAGUCCCAGGGGGGCGUGCGGCGGGGAAUGUUCUCCUCAGUCUACUUCAUCGUCCUCACACUCUUUGGAAACUGUAUCCUCUCUGACCCUAAGUCGUGCCACUGCAUGGAUAUCAGAGAUUUCAUCUGCAUGAAACAUUAAUGGAGCGAAAUAGAAAUAUCUCAUGUCAUGAAAGAACACUGGAGAGAAGUGCUGUAAUGAGAGCUAUACAUUUUGAACAUUUAUUUCUGGCGGGGGGGGCAUGCUCCCGGAUCCCCCUAAAAGGGUUCCUCCAGUGAAUUCUGAGUUUGAGUGAUACUGUAACCCUUUUUAAUGGCAUGCCAUCCAGUCUAUUGCUGAUGGUCAAAGUGUUUGGUUGCAAUGUACCAUGGAUUAGCCGUGAAAGCCACUACUGUUGUGUCAAGGUUUUUCCUGAGCUUAGUUCCAACCAGACACGCUCCUGAACGUCUUCUUGGCUAUCGCCGUCGACAACCUCGCCAAUGCACAGGAGCUCACCAAGGUAAGGCUGAGGAACCAUGUCCUACCCUGGGAACCUUUUCUGUUAGAUUUCUUUCUGAAUAAAAUGACCCUUGGUUACCCAUCCCUUCUGGUUUAUUGGUCCAGGAUGAGGAGAAGCAGGAGGAAGAAGCCAAUAAGAAGCUGGCCCUGCAGAAGGCCAUGGAGGUGAAGGAGGUCAGCCCCAUGUCAGCAGCCAACAUCUCCAUCGCUGCGUAAGUCUAGUGUUCCAGCCCGCCCCCCCGCUCUCCAAACAUGGUCUCUUCCUUCCGUGUUCCCUCCCAUUCUGACACCAGCCUGUCGUUAUACUGUGAAGUAUCAGAUAUAGCUGGUUCUGCCCUUUGUCAAUGUGCUGUUGAUGUUGGUGUCUUGGCUCUGCACACUGUCUCUCAAUGUAUCUCUGUUGUGAUAUUGCCUCUGUCCAUGUGCAUUCUCCUAACUACACGAUUGACAUGUCUGCAUGGCGGCAGGUAGCCUAUCGGUUAAGAGCAUUGGGUCAGUAACCGAAAGGUCGCUGGUUCAAAUCCCGGAGCCGACUAGGUGAAAAAUCUGUCUGUGCCCUUGAGCAAGGAACUAUACCCGAACUGCUCCUGUAAGUUGCUCUGGAUAAGAGUGUCUGCUAAAUGACUAAACUGUAAACUGCCGUGUAUAUGUUUCUGUCUAUGUGUGUGCUUUGACUACAAUCCUUCUCUUACCCCCUGUUCCCCAUCUGAUUGGCUUACAGAACUGGGAGCCCCUCUGUUAUCCUCCUCCCAUACUGAGGUGGAACAGGUGACCCAGACAACGUCUCAAAUGGCACCCUAUUCCCUAUAUGUGCCAUUUGGUAUACAACACCAAUUAGAUAUUGACACGAGUGGAUGCUUGAUCGGAAACUGAUCUCCAAUCAGCAUUAGUUACCUCGGCCUUUCGGUCUCAUUUAGUGAGUCAUCUACUAGAGUCUGAUGGAGUCAAUCAGAACAUUGUCAACAUUAACAAUCUCCUAUAACCUAUUUACUGUAUCUAACCACACAGCCAUGCCCUCUCCCCACUGGUAUUGGCUUUAGGACUAAUUAAUCAAUAGUGUGGUUUUCAGCAUUAAGGAUGCCAUUAUGUAUUAGGUAAGAGAUGAGCUUGGCCCUCUAUUGACAACAUUUUGAUGGUCAAUAAGUCAUUGGUUUGUACAUGACCAAUCAUCAGUAAUGUCAGUCUCAGCCCAGGUGGGACACAUGGUCUAUUAGAUGUAUAUGACAUGGCCUCUGUGUCCUGACUGUGACCACAAUGACCAGGACACAUAUUAAUGCAGACACUCAAAGCAGGAAUGCUGAUCAGUUUUGCCUUUAAGAUCAUAAUGAAUAAAAUGAUAUGGAUAGGAUGGACCUGAUCCUAGAUCAGCACUCCUACUCUGAGACACAUUGUGGAUACGGGCCCAGGUCAGAAUAGUGGUUAGUUUAAGAAACCAAAUCAUUAAAAUAAUCAAUAAUUAAUCUCUCAUGGACAGAUGAGCAUUUGACCAAAUUACGCCAGAUUUUAGUUCUAGGUAAACCGAGAUUAAUAAUAAAUAAGCACAUUUUAGAUUGACAGUAGCCUACUGCAUAAAUCCUGAUGAUUACUUUGAAAAUGCAUUUGCCAUUAUAUACUGUAGCAGAAUACAUACGGUAUCAGAUUACAUACUGUAACAGUUUACAUACUGUAUCAGAUUACAUACUGUAGCAGAUUACAUACUGUAGCAGAUUACAUACUGUAGCAGAUUACAUACUGUAACAGAUGACAUACUGUAGCAGAUUGCAUGAUCUUCAUUUUGAUCUUUGUAACGUAGAAUGAUUAAACCUUAACGAUGUUCAUUUGUUAGUCUAUUUCAAAGCUGUGUUGAUACAGGCCAUUUCUGAGAGAAUGUUUUAUUUUAGAUACACUACCAGUCAAAGGUUUGGACACACCUAAUCAUUCAAGGGUUUUUCUUUAUUUUUAAAAUGGUUUACAUUGUAGAAUAAUAGUGAAGACAUCAAAACUAUGAAAUAACAUAUGGAAUCAUGUAGUAACCAAAAAAGUGUUAAACAAAUCAAAAUAUAUUUUAUAUUUGAUAUUCUUCAAAUAGCCACCCUUUGCCUUGAUGACAGAUUUGCACACACUUGGCAUUCUCUCAACCAGCUUCAUGAGGUAUUCACCUGGAAUGCAUUUCAAUUAAAAGGUGUGCCUUCUAAAAAGUUAAUUUGUGGAAUUGAUUUCCUUCUUAAUGCGUUUGAGCCAAUCAGUUGUGUUGUGACAAGGUAGGGGGGUAAACAGAAGAUAGCCCUAUUUGGUAAAAGACCAAGUCCAUAUUAUGGCAAGAACAGCUCAAAUAAGCAAAGAGAAACGACAGUCAAAUCAAAUCAAAUUUACUUACAAGCCCUUAACCAACAAUGAAGUUUUAAGAAAGAAUUCCAAAAAAAUCAUACGAAAUAAAGGUAACAAAUAAUUAAAGAGCAGCAGUAAAAAUAACAAUAGCAAGGCAAUAUACAGGGGGUACCGGUACGGAGUCAAUGUGCGGGGGCACCGGUUAGUCGAGGUAAUUGAGGUAAUAUGUACAUGUAUGUAGAGUUAUUAAAGUGACUAUGCAUAGAUAAUAAACAGAGAGUUGCAGCAGAGUAAAAGAGGGGGGGGGGGGUAUUAUGGCUUGGGGGUAGAAGCUGUUUAGAAGCCUCUUGGACCUAGACUUGGCGCUCAGGUACUGCUUGCCGUGCGGUAGCAGUGAGAAUAGUCUAUGACUAGGGUGGCUGGAGUCUUUGACAAUAUUUAGGGCCUUCCUCUGACACCGCCUGGUAUAGAGGUCCUGGAUGGCAGGAGGCUUGGCCCCAGUGAUGUACUGGGCCGUACGCAUUACCCUCUGUAGUGCCUUGCGGUCGGCGGCCAAGCAGUUGCCAUACCAGGCAGUGAUGCAACCAGUCAGAAUGCUCUCGAUGGUGGUGCAGCUGUAUAAACUUUUGAGUAUCUGAGGACCCAUGCCAAAUCUUUUCAGUCUCCUGAGGGGGAAUAGGUUUUGUCGUGCCCUCUUCACAACUGUCUUGGUGUGCUUGGACCAUGUUAGUUUGUUGGUGAUGUGGACACCAAGGAACUUGAAGCUCUCAACAUGGUCCACUACAGCCCCGUCGAUGAGAAUGGGGGCGUGCUCGGUCCUCUUCUUUUUCCUGUAGUCCACAAUCAUCUCCUUUGUCUUGAUCACGUUGAGUGAGAGGUUGUUAUCCUGGCACCACACGGCCAGGUCUCUGACCUCCUCCCUAUAGGCUGUCUCGUCGUUGUCUGUGAUCAGGCCUACCACUGUUGUGUCAUCGGCAAACUUAAUGAUGGUGUUGGAGUCGUGCCUGGCCAUGCAGUCAUGAGUGAACAUGGAGUACAGGAGGGGACUGUGCACACCCCUGAGGGGCCCCUGUGUUGAGGAUCAGUGUAGUGGAUGUGUUGUUACCUACCCUUACCACCUGGGGUCGGCCCGUCAGGAAGUCCAGGAUCCAGUUGCAGAGGGAGGUGUUUAGUCCCAGGGUCCUUAGCUUAGUGAUGAGCUUUGAGGGCACAAUGGUGUUGAACGCUGAGCUGUAGUUAAUGAAUACCAUUCUCACAUAGGUGUUCCUUUUGUCCAGGUGUGAAAGGGCAGUGUGGAGCACUAUAGACAUUGCAUCAUCUGUGGAUCUGUUGGGGUGGUAUGCAAAUUGGAGUGGGUCUAGGGUUUCUGGGAUAAUGGUGUUGAUGUGAGCCAUGACCAGCCUUUCAAAGCACUUCAUGGCUACAGACGUGAGUGCUACGGGUCGGUAGUCAUUUAGGCAGGUUACCUUAGUGUUCUUGGGCACAGGCACUAUGGUGGUCUGCUUGAAACAUGUUGGUAUUACAGACUCAGACAGGGAGAGGUUGAAAAUGUCAGUAAAGACACUUUCCAGUUGGUCAGCGCAUGCUUGAAGUACACGUCCUGGUAAUCCGUCUGGCCCUGCGGCCUUGUGAAUGUUGACCUGUUUAAAGGUCUUACUCUCAUCGGCUACGGAGAGAGUGAUCACACAGUGGUCCGGAACAGCUGAUGCUCUCAUGUAUGUUUCAGUGUUACUUGCCUCGAAGCGAGCAUAGAAGUAAUUUAGCUCGUCUGGUAGGCUCGUGUCACAGCUCGCGGCUGUGUUUCCCUUUGUAGUCUGUAAUAGUUUGCAAGCCCUGCCACUUUGACGAGCAUCGGAGCCGGUGUAGUACGAUUCGAGCUUAGUCCUGUAUUGACGCUUUGCCUGUAUGAUGGUUCGUAGGAGGUCAUUUCUUAUAAGCUUCUGGGUUAGAGUCCCGCUCCUUGAAAGUGGCAGCUCUACCCUUUCGCUCAGUGCAGAUGUUGCCUGUAAUCCAUGGCUUCUGGUUGGGGUAUGUACGUUCAGUCACAUGACGACGUCAUCGAUGCACUUAUUGAUGAAGCCAGUGACUGAUGUGAUGUACACCUCAAUGCCAUUGGAAGUCUCCCGGAACAUGUUCCAGUCUGUCCACUUUUUUAUUGACGAGUCACUGGUGCUUCCUGUUUUAGUUUUUGCUUGUAAGCAGGAAUCAGGAGGAUAGAAUUAUGGUCAGAUUUGCCAAAUGGAGGGCGAGGGAUAGCUUUGUAUGCGUCUCUGUGUGUGGAGUAAAGGUGGUCUAGAGUUUUUUCCCCCUCUGGUUGCACAUUUAACAUGCUGGUAGAAAUUAGGUAAAACGGAUUUAAGAUUCCCUGCAUUACUGUCCCGGCCACUAGGAGAGCCGCCUCUGGAUGAGCGUUUUUCUGUUUGCUUAUGGCCUUAUACAGUUCAUUGAGUGCGGUCUUAGUGCCAGCAUCGGUUUGUGGUGGUAAAUAGACAGCUACGAAGAAUAUAGAUGAAAACUCUCUUGGUAGAUAGUGUGGUCUACAGCUUAUCAUGAGAUACUCUACCUUAGGUUAGCAAAACCUUGAGACUUCCUUAGAUAUCGUGAACCAGCUGUUGUUUACAAAUAUACAUAGACCGCCACCCAUUGUCUUACAAGAUGCUGCUGUUCUAUCCUGCCGAUACAGUGUAUAACCCGCAAGCUGUAUGUUAUUCAUGUCUUCGUUAAGCCACGACUCGGUGAACCAUAAGAUAUUACAGUUUUUUAUGUCCCGUUGGUAGGAUAUACGUGCUUGUAGAUCGUACACUUUAUUAUCAAGCUAUUGUAAGUUGGCCAAUAGUAUCGAUGGCAAAGGAAGAUUAGCCACUCGUCGCCGGCUCCUUACCAGGCACCCGUAUCGCGAUAUCUCUAUUUCUUUCUACUGCGAAUGACGGGGAUGAGGGCCCUGUCGGGUGUCUGGAGCAAAUCCCUCUCGUCCGACUCAUUAAAGAAAAAUUAUUUGUCAAUUUCAAGGUGAGUAAUCGCUGUUCUGAUGUCCAGAAGCUCUUUUCGGUCAUAAGAGAAGGUAGCAGCAACAUUAUGUACAAAAUAAGUUACAAACAAUGCGAAAAAACACACAAAAUAGCAUGGUUGGUUAAGAGUCCAUAAAACGGCAGCCCUCCCCUCCGGCGCCAUGUUGCGUCCAUCAUUACUUUAAGACAUGAAGGUCAGUCAAUUCAGAAAAUUUCAAGAACUUUGAAAGUUUCUUCAAGUGCAGUCGCAAAAACCAUCAAGCAAUAUGAUGAAACUGGCUCUCCUGAGGACCGCCACAGGAAAGGAAGACCCAGAGUUACCUCUGCCGCAGAGGAUAAGUUAAUUAGAGUUACCAGCCUCAGAAAUUGCAGCCCAAAUAAAUGCUUCACAGAGUUCAAGUAACAGACACAUCUCAACAUCAACUAUUCAGAGGGGAUUGUGUGAAUCAUGCCUUCGUGGUCGAAUAGCUGCAAAGAAACCACAACUAAAGGACACCAAUAAUAAGAAGAGACCUGCUUUGGCCAAGAAACACGAGCAAUAGACAUUAGACCGGUGAAAUUGUGUCCUUUGGUCUGGAGUCCAAAUUGGAGAUUUAUAUUAUGAAAUAUAUUUUGAUUUGUUUAACACUUUUCUAUUUACUACAUGAUUUCAUAUGUGUUAUUUCAUAGUUUUGAUUGCUUCAUUAUUAUUCUACAAUGUAAAAAAUAGUACAAAUAAAGAAAAACCCUUGAAUGAGUAGGUGUGUCCAAACUUUUGACUGGUACUGUAUCUGCAUAAUGUGCUAUUUUACAAAGCUUUUUACUCUUGAUGAUGUGAAUCCAUAAUCAUAUUUUAUUCACAAAAGUAGUCAUGACGUUUUUAACGAAGACCAUUGUCUGUCUGAUUGAUCUAACGUUUGAAAGGCUUUGUAAACCCAUUGUGGAUUGAACUUUGUAAAUCCACUUUGAUACAAUUUCUCUCAUUACGUUGACUUGUGUUAUUUCUUCAGAAUGUUUUCAGUCUGAUGUCUUUGGUAACACUUCAGUGAAGGGGUUUAGUAUCUAUUUUUUAUAUUUUCCCCAAUAUUUGCAUCUAUUCCACUCCUGGUAGUCACUUGACCACAUUAUGUAACAGUGUGUGGUGUACAGUACCACAAAGUACAGUAUUACAGGACUACAAACUAUAUAUACUGUGUAUGCUACACUACUCCCAUUGCUGAAGUGUUAACCACUACUAUAGUUGUAGCUCUGUUAGACUAGUCCUUCGUGAUCGUGGAGGGGACAGGUGGACAGACAGACAGACACUUUAUGGAGGAGUUUGACUGACUUCCACCUCUGCCCACCACAUCCUUUUGGUUUGUGUCUCAUCCUUUCUUCCUUUCUUUCAUUUGUCUUUUUGUUUUAUUUCUGCAUGUGCAGUUUUGUAAAGCAAAAUCGAGACGUACUCUCUCGCAGCUCGUCUGUCUCCAGCGUACAUUCACCGUGAGUUUUUGCUCUCUGUUACAAUAUUCUCACCCCUCUCUUCUCCUCCCCCAAACCUGCCUCCCUCUGCUCCCCCGUUAGCCUUGCUCCUCCUCUUCUUUCCCCUCCUUCCAAUUCUGAAAGCCCCUCUUCCCUCUCCCCAUCCACUUCUCCAUCUCUCCUUUAGCCUCAUACUCCACCUAGCCUUCCCAAUCCCUCUAUUCAUCACUCUCUCCAUGAGUCCUCCCAGUGUUGAGAUAUGCUUGAAACUGGAGAAUCCACUGGUGAUUCACUGGUGGCUGUCACUAUAGAGUGAGAUUUUAAAUAAUGACACUUUUAAAUAAUGACACUGUGUGUAUUUGGUUGCGUGCGUGUGUGUGUGUGUGUGUGUGUGUGUAAAUGCUUGUGUGUGUAAUGCCAGCGUGUAAAUGCGUGUGUGUAAAUGUGUGCAUGUGUGUAAAUGUGUAUGUGUAUUUCUGAAUGUUGAAUAUGUAAUUGUGCAUAGUGCCAGGUUUCAUCUGCACUGUGUUGACGCCUGAAGUGAUGAGUGUAACCUGAGCUUUAGAGUGAAUACUUUUUAUAUAAAUAUAUAUUGUCUUGGUGCUCAGUCAAUUCCCCAGACAGUUUUACAGCUUGUGUUUUUUAUGCCCCGGUAUCUCUUUUUCAACACAUUAUGAGUGAGGGCCAAACUAAAUAGUACAGUAGCCAAGUGGUAGUCUGCCAAACUAGACAAUGAAAUUGUCGAUUUGCUGCUUACCUGACACUUCGUUAUCAUUUGUUACCAAUUAGUAACAACACAUAUUUCUAAAUGUUGUGGUGUGGUGCUGAUGGUGCUAGUCUCUCUCUCUCUCUCUCUCUCUCUCUCUCUCUCUCUCUCUCUCUCUCUCUCUCUCUCUCUCUCUCUCUCUCUCUCUCUCUCUCUCUCUCUCUCUCUCUCUCUCUCUCUCUCUCUCUCUCUCUCUCUCUCUCUCUCUCUCUCUCUCUGUGUGUGUGUUUGUGUGUUUGUUUGUGUGUGUGUUCACUGUGAUUUCUCUCUCAUAACAAGAGCACAUCUUUCACUAACAUGUCCGUUUGUCGCUGAUAUGUCUUUCUUACUUGUCUAUGUUUUGCACACUUUGAUUGUCUGUCUGUCUGUUGCUUUUUUGUCUGUCUGUUAUCUUUUAGGAGUUUUAUCUACUCCCCCGCCCGUCGAGUCUUGAGGUACAGGUGACACAAAGGAUGCAAUUUUUCUAGUCAUACAUACAUACAUAAGUCUGCACAUACAUUCAUACUGUACACACAAAUUCAUAUAGUCAACCACAUCUAAAAACAUAUGUACAUAGAAACCAUCAUUUAAAUUAUUCCUUAGGAUCGUGACUUGUUCAUAUCAUGAUGAUACCAUCGAGAUCCUAUUAGAUUUCUAGGGGGCUAUGUCAUAAACCCUCAAAGUUCCUGAACGGUAUGAAAAUGGCAGCCAUUGUGGUCAGAGAGAAAUCCAAACCAGUUUAAUUGGAAUGAAUGGCAGUAGAGGAAUAGGUGAUGCUUGUCCCUCUUUUACUUAAUUAAGUAAGGCAUGUGAUAUAUCAGAAAUUGUAUUAUAGAAUUGUUGUCAACUUAAAAUAUUGUCAUAUAAUUAUUAAUACAGUUUACACAGGUUGUCUGUAUAAAUAACCUCUAAAAUAUAUGUAAACAGACCAUCAAUGUUUGUUUUCUUUUAAAGCUGUGAGUGUUAUAAUAUGAUACAAUAUCAGUACUUGAUGCAUUUAUAACUUGUCUAAGUCCUAUAAUCAACUGAUAUCAACCAGUGUUUGGCUGUGGAUUGACUGCAUUGUUUGCAUGGAAUGUUGGCUGAGGGAUAUUGACAGUUACUUAGACAAAUUAUUUAAAUCAUUCCACUUAAACUGGCUGGCUAGCUAUCUAACAAACAUACUGUGCAGAUAAUCUUCAAAUACAUUGUUUUACUCAACAUCUUAUCACAGUGCUGGUUGACCACCGGCUUGCCAACCCCAUUAACAAAACCACUGACCUUUUUUGUCCAUUCUUGUAUUCAAAUUCCUAAUUCUAUGGAUGUUACCAUAUCCCAUGACAGAAGGAACACAAAGGGUUACUUGAAAUCUAUAAUUUAUCUCCCAUCUCCACACUAAUCCACUAGAUUUUGGCCUUGGUAUUAAAGGAAAGAUUCACCCAUUAUGAAUGUUAUAUUGUUUUCGUGCAUCUCUAAGCGAUGUUCUAUUGAUUCCCCGGGUUUUCAUGUGUAUCUGAGCUAUUGCCGUUCAAGCAUGCAGAAAUACAGCCGGUAUGAUUAGUUUUGCUUCAUAUGAUGCAAAACGCAUCACACUGGCUGUGACAAUUUGCGUUUUUAAAGUUGUAUAUCUUGAAAACUUGAUUGCUGACAUGCACAACAUUUUGGGACUGUAUCAACAGUGGACUACUCAAAUAAAUACCAAAAUAUAGUUUUUGAGUGGAUAAUUCCUUUAAGGUCACUUAAAACCAGCCCAAUUUUUCCUGUUCUCCGUGUGUAUUCAAAUGUUCCAGUCUGUCAUGCAAGAUAGCUCACCUUUCGAGAAUAAAGUAACUAGAAGGUCAACAUGUGAGGUAUUUUUGGAUACUGCUGGUAGGGGGUGGAGAUGACAGCUGGCAGACCCAUUAUGCAGGUCAGUACUGGCUACUCACAAUACUGGAGAAUUGUCAUCCUUAACUGUUUCCAUUCAUAGUAGUAACUCACAUGAAUCGGUGAAGCAGGAUUCAUACGCAAGGAGAAAAUGACAUCAUUCAUGCAACCCAUCACAUGUUCUCACAUGCCUGUUAGACCUCACAGAAAAGCAUCACUAUGGUAACCAUGGUCCCUCAGACAUGGCCAUGGAUUCCAAAUGGCACCCUAAUCCAUAGUCCACUGCUUUUGACCAGGGCUCUGGCCAAAAGUAGUGCACUAUAUAAGGCUUAGGGUGCCAUUUCAGACGCAGCCCAUGUGUGAACCUGUAGAGGGUUUGGGUGAGCAUGUUUACAUUUGACAAAUGACAAGUUUCCAUCCCCUUUCCUGUCCAUCCACCCUGCAGUAAGGAACAGCAGAGAGCCAAUAAGAUGAUGUCGGUGUGGGAGCAGCGUACCAACCAGCUGCGUCAAAACAACUUGAGGGCCAGCUCAGAGGCUCUGUUCAACGAGCUGGACCCAGAGGAACGCCUGCGUGUCUCCUCCGCCCUCCACCUGCGCCCCGAAAUGAAGACCCACAACGACCGCCCCCUAGUUGUGGAGCCAGGCAAUGGGGACAAACCCCGACCCCCCAAGGAGGACAGAGACGGAGCAGACCACCAGCAAGAGGGAGGAGACCCCCACGGCCCACAACUCCGCAAGCACCACCGCCACCGGGAGAGGAAUGGGGAGAACGGGGAGAGCAGGCAUCACACCCACCACAGCCGCAGUAGGGACCACUACCACCCAGGCGGGCCCCGGCCCAAAGAAGGCAAGGGGGAGAGGAGCCAUAGUCGAGAGGGGGGCCAGGGCCACAGGCACCAUCACCAGGCUGGAUCCCCGGAGGAGGGGGUGAACGGAGGGGGGGAGGAGAGGGAGCACCACCACCACCACCACUCCCACAGACAGCCCCGAGAGGGGAACGGGGCCCUGGCUAACGGGGCCAGAGGGGAAAGGAAGGGCCGGGGGCACAAGGAGGGGAACGGAGAGGGGUACGGAGAGAGGAGGAGAUACCGCUCCCGCAUGGCCCAGUCAACUCUGGAUGGAGAGGAGUGCAGAGAGAAUGGAAAGAGAGAUGGAGAUAGGGACCAGGGACACAGGUGAGUGACCAGCACAUUUUCAAUGUGCUUUAGUGACAUCUUUUUACUAUUGUCAAGUCAUCACCUCAGAGCUUCACUAAUGUGCACUGGCUUGUUCUGCAGGGACAGACAGUUGGACGUUCAAGGGGAGAGCCUGGCCACCAGCCCAGUGCAGCCUUCUGCAGGUCUGCAGGCCGGAGAGAAGCAGGAGGAUGCAGACAACCAGAAGAACAGCCACAGAGCCAGCCAGGCAGGCCUCAACAGCAACACUGUCCACAUCCCUGUCACCAUCACCGCCCUGCCCAGAGAGACCACCAUCAUACCCAGUCAGUACCCCAGUCAGUACCUCAGUCUGAACCUCAGUCAGUACCAUAGUCAGUAUCCCAGUCAGUAUCCCAGUUAGUACCCCAGUUAGUACCCCAGUCAGUACCCCAGUCAGUACCCCAGUCAGUACCCCAGUCAGAACCUCAGUCAGUACCAUAGUCAGUAUCCCAGUCAGUAUCCCAGUUAGUACCCCAGUUAGUACCCCAGUCAGUACCCCAGUCCGUACCCCAGUCAGUACCUCAGUCUGAACCUCAGUCAGUACCAUAGUCAGUAUCCCAGUCAGUACCCCAGUCAGUACCUCAUGCUGUACCUCAGUCAGCAACCCAGUCAGUACCCCAGUCAGUACCCCAGUCAGUAACUCAGUCAGUACCCCAGUCAGUACCCCAGUCAGUACCUCAUUCUGUACCUCAGUCAGCAACCCAGUCAGUACCCCAGUCAGAACCACACUGUGUAAUGCUCCUGUUAGCCAUGGGCUACAGGGGAAACACUUCAGUCAAUCUCUCUCUCUCUCUCUCUCUCUCUCUCUCUCUCUCUCUCUCUCUCUCUCUCUCUCUCUCUCUCUCUCUCUCUCUCUCUCUCUCUCUCUCUCUCUCUCUUUCUCUCUCUCUCUGUCUGAUAGUGAAUAACAUAGACUGUGAGAGCCUCCCCCUGAACGAGGAGAAGAAGAACUUGGAGGAGGAUGAGGAAGAGCUGAAGAACGGCCCCAAACACAUUCUUCCCUACAGCUCCAUGUUUGUGUUCGGACAGACCAACCCGUAAGUCAGGCCCUGAGACAGCGAACCUGCUGGCUCUAAUUGAUCUUGCUCAUAUCAUGUGCAGUAUAACAGUGAUAAUUCUACCUAUAAAGGCAGUAAGACUUUUUCUGCAUUACUGUAUUGAGUCCAACUCAGUGUUCUGUUAGUGUUUUGGGAGGGUAUGUUGAGUGAACUCAGUGAGAUGACCUGUGCUGUGCUGUUCAGGGUGCGUCGGCUGUGUCACUACGUGGUGAACCUGCGUUACUUUGAGAUGUGUAUCCUG